CCCUUCCAAUGGCGUCGGUGUCAUCCUUCCAACACUGGACGCAUCGUUCCUUGUUGUAUCCACUCCUAGUCCGUUCCGCCGCACGGCAUUCAUCGUCGCCGAUAACCACACGUUGGUUCGCAGCGGGCGGCAUGAGUCGUCUGUUGGAUUACGGAGGCGCUCCGGCGGCUUGGAACGAUCCGAAACCGGUCCAUCGCGUCGAGAACGCGAGUAAGAAUUGUCACGUACAGGCCGUUUGUUUCGAUUUCGAUGUACUCACGCGUGCGGUAGAUUCCUCCCGGAUCUCGAAAGCCGGCGACUCUACAUCCGACACGACGUCCCGUCCACGACUCGGCACGGUACAACCCAACGUUUCCGCCAUUCGACAAGUGGCCAAUCUACUCAACGUCGACUGGGGUAGUAGUGACACCGCCAACGACAAUCGCACCACCAAUGACAAUAGCAGUAACACUGUUGCCAAUACUGGCCAAUUGGCCACUCUUGCACCAGUGCGUCCGAAAGUACGCGACUUUUCUCCCGGCGCCUCGGACGUCCGGGCCAAGUACGCCGACAAACUGAGUCAAAAGGGGGUCGGUGGGGGUCUCGCCACUGUCGAUCUCGCCAAGUACCAAGUGCAGCAAAACGCCCACCAGGGCGACGCCGCCGGACACUGGGCGGCUCGGGAAAGAGCCGUCACCGAACCGGGACCGAACAGUGCCACGCGCUGGAUGGCACUCACUGGAACUGGCGGUCUCCUACAGUAUCUCACCAAACGGUCCAUGAAGAUUGCGCUCUUCCCGCGAUUGGGAAACACCGUACCGGACUCUCAGGAAGGGGAACGAAUGGAAGACUUCAAACGACAAUUGAACGAAGUCGUCUUUGAUUUGUUACUCAAGGAUGGCACACAGGAGCCGUCGGUGAUUGUGCAAGAAAUGUUGGGGCAGUUCCAGCUGGACCCCAAAUUCAUACUGGUCGUAUCGGAUCGGGAUGCCUAUUUGCGCGCGGCCAAAGAUGCCGGGAUGGUCGCCUGUCGCGUCCGGCCGGAGAAUGCCCCACGCGGCAACCGGUACCCCAAGUGGAAGACGUCAUUAACGAAAUCAAUGGCAUUUCCUUUAGUGCCGUUCUAA